AUGGCCAUGGAUACUCUCUACGAUUACCACAUAUGGCAACCUCAAGAAGGGGAAGGUGAUCUUAAUGUUACCAUGUCCAAUUCUCACUUGCUUCCUUGUGACUGUUUCCUUUUUCAUCUUCACUUUCGCCACGUUCUUCAGUCAAAUCACCCUCAAGAAUUUCAUCUACUCUUAAAUUCCUCUCUAUCUUCUUUCUUGAUACCUUGCAACGUCUUUCUCGCUACUGGCUCCAGUAUCCUGAUCGCCGUUUUCUCUGACACCGGCGUUGCGCAAGACUUCUUGGACACGGCGGUGCCGGACGUUCUCUCCGUCGCGGCUGAUAUCGCAUGCAAUCCUCUUAAUGCUGGCCGUAGGAUACUUCCGUUGGCGGUGUCCGUUUUAGUCGUUUCGCCGUAUAAUGAACGCGAGGAAAUUGGGCGAGUUUUGCGGGAAUCAUCGGCGCAACCGUUUAAAACGUUGCCGGCUAGUGAGACGGCAAUCGAAGGUUUGAAGAAUGUGGAUAUUGAUGUUGGUGGGGAGUUGUUGAUUGGGGAAUGUAGAAUAUGUUUGGAUGAACUGAUGAAUGGGAUGGAAGUUACGCGAUUGCCAUGCGCUCAUGUUUACCAUAGAGACUGUAUCGUUAAAUGGCUGGAGACGAGUCAUUUGUGCCCGUUGUGCCGCUACGCAAUGCCACUGAGCUGA